GCACCCAUCCUUUUGCUUGUCAAGAAAAUCAAAAGGCUCUCUUUCCCGCCCUUUUUUUUUAUUCUUGUUUUUUCAUUAUUUGAUUGACAGAACCCAUUUUUUUUUUUUGCAGAUUUCGUCAUUUUGGAUACCUGCAUUACUGAACGCACGAGCAUAUCUCGUUUUGCGCAUGGUUCACCCGGCAGUCCGUCAGCUUGUUUGUUCACAACGGGAUCUUUUUUUUGGCGCGUGCAGGAGAAUUAGUAGGAAAACCGCGUUUCCCGGGUCUGUACCUGGGACGUUCAACUGCUAUGCUUCCUCUACAAAGAGGUCCCUUUUCACACCACGCGAUUGUUUGGGUUCGAUUCGGGAGGAGGAGGUGGGGGGCAUGCAUGAUAAUUACGGUUAUUGCUGACCACCAUGAUGCCGCUCGUGACAUUCCAAUGCAGGGUGUUUGUGUAGCAUCCAGUGGUGAGCAUGAGCCGAUACCAACAAUAUAUUCAUUACAUCUGCAUGUACUGCAUGUUGUUUUUGUUUAUUUCGUCCUUUUGUUUUCACCUCCUUCCCCCCCUUGCUCAACAGCGUGGUGGCGGCGGUGGUGGGGUAGGGAAACUUCAUCGGUGAAAAUGUCGAUGGUGCUGGGAAGAAAUCUCGUUUUUUUUUUUUCUAUUCUUUCAAUGAUAGGUCCCAAUGUGUCCCAAUAUUUGACCGAGCAAAGUGAACUUCCCUGGGCCCAGUUGGGCUUCCUUGAACCUGGCCCGCCGUAGUCGUGGUUGCGGAGGAAAAGAAGAGCAGGUCUAGUUCAAUACACAAGGGUGUGGUCAUUGAGCUCUCACCCCACACAAAAAAAAAAGAAAAAAAGAAAAAAGAAAAAAAGAUUCACGCAUACACACCCCUUCC